CUCGCCUCUUUCCCCACGCCGCCUGCUUCCGGUGAGAAGUAUAGCAGUGAGCUACUCCUACAACGGAGUGACCGAUCUACCACCACCACCCCACACCCACACGCCGCUCGCCCUCGUCUCGAGAUCUCUGGCGCUUCCCAUGAAUCCCCACCCCCUCCGCCUCGGCGCGCUCUUGGCGGCCCUCGUGCUUGCCGCCGGCGGCGGGUGGUGGGGCCGUGCGGAGGCGUCGAUCCACACCUACGGGCGCGAGUCGUUCCGCGAGGUGGGCAACGCUUUCCUCCUCUCCGGCGGCAGCGAGGGCAUCGUCGCCGACGGGGCCGAUCUCGCCGCCCCCGCCUCCUCCUUCAUCAAGUUUGUGAAUGUUACUUUCUGGAGGAACGCAGAAUCAGCAGAAUCACAUGCAAAAAUGGCACAUAGUACAGGCUUGGUGCAAGCUAUUUUAUUUGAAGCAGCUGACAGGGAUAACAUUGGGGGUUCUGCCUAUGGUGGACAGAGGUCCAUUUGUUGCACCCCUGACCUUGCUAAACUAGAGGGCUGCAAACAAGGUGAAGUAAUCAGGAGGCCAUCUUCUGAUGACCCAGAUUGGCCUGUCGUGGUAGAUACACACUUCAGUGCUAAUCACCUUUCAGUGAAGUUGGAUGACGAGGAAGUUCACAUUACAAAGACAGGCAUGUACAACUUGUUCUUCAUUUCUUGUGAUCCAAAACUAAGGGGCCUUGCUAUGAGUGGGAAGACAAUCUGGAGAAAUCCUGGGGGGUACCUACCAGGACGAAUGGCACCUCUGAUGAGAUUUUAUGUUUUCAUGUCGCUGGCAUAUCUGUUAGUCAUGGUUGUCUGGUUUAGCAAUUACAUAAGGUUUUGGAGGGAUAUACUGCCAAUACAGAAUUGGAUCACACUAGUAAUUGCUCUUGGACUGUUUGAGAUGACACUAUGGUACUUUGAGUACUUAAACUUCAACAGCAGCGGUGUACGACCUGUCGGAAUUACAACUUGGGUUGUAACUGUUGGCGCUAUCAGAAAAACAAUUUCCCGUCUACUGAUCCUUUCUAUAUCCAUGGGAUACGGUGUUGUUCGCCCAACUCUAGGAGGGCUCACCUCUAAGGUUUUACUCCUUGGGCUUACAUAUUUCCUGGCUUCUGAAUUACUGGAUAUUUCAGAAAAUGUUGGAACAAUUAAUGACAUCUCAGGCAAAGCAAAGCUUUUCCUUGUCCUUCCUGAUGCAUUUUUGGAUGCUUUUCUCAUACUUUGGAUUUUCACUUCUCUUUCCCGCACUCUCGAGAAAUUACAGGCAAGGAGGAGUUCUGUGAAAUUGGAUAUAUACAGAAAGUUCACAAAUGCACUGGCGGUCUCUGUCAUAGCUUCAGUUGUCUGGAUUGGCUAUGAGGUGCGUAAAUCCCAUUAUAUACAUGGACAAUAAAAAUUGUGACCGCUUCAGACUGUACUUCAUAAUCCGAUUAAAUAUUUACUUCAUUAAGGGCAUGAACUAUGGUGGCAUAUGGAUAUAGAUGCCCCAUGAGAAAAAGUGGUUUGAGGCACCUACAUUGAUCUUUUCUCCCCAAUGUAAGCUACCACUAGGGGGCCUCAUCAAGGAGUAGAAAAUAAAGACUAGUACACAUGCAUCUCUACUCUCCACUUCAACUUUUUAGCUUUUUACACCGGACCACACAUUUUCUCUCCAAGCACCCGCCUCUUGCAGAGGAUCCCGCUUCCCCAUCUGAACCUACUUUUCCUGAUAUCUGAUCCUACAUGGCAUGCGAGGCAUCACCCUGAGGCUAUGCAUUGGCCAUGCCCUAAUGUGAUUCUUAGGAAGUAUCUUUUUUCUUGAACACAUCAAAAUGUUGUCUGUAUUUGCCUUCUUAGGAAAUAUUGCUGCCAAUAUGUCUUUGUGUGAUGUCCCAUCCUUCGUAGGUGUGGGGAUCACAUGAUAUAACUAGAAGCAUUUCACGUCACGCGCUUUGUUGCGCCGCUUCCGCAAAUGGACUGCAGCAUCCUCAUAUUUGCACAUCAGGACAACCUAUCACACUCAAUGCAACCUAUCACACUCAAUGCACGGACAUGCAUCAGUCUUGGCCUGCUUAGAUAAACAUCAAUGACAUGUAAAAAAUGGUUUGGCAGCCCCUUACUGUGAUAGUAUUGGUGGCUCUAAUAUCCCUUGUGAACUCAUCCAUCACCAUGGCAAAAGGAUAAGGGCUCAAAGCUUACCCUGGCAAAAUGGUUUGAAGCCAUGGCAAAAUGGUUUGGUGCAGUUCUGUUUUAAUAGGGAAGUCAUUAGUGGCGCCAUCACUUGUACGGACACUUGUCACAACAUUAUCGUACAUGUCCUUGAUGAGGGUAAUGUACUUGUUGGGCUUUGUGUUUCUCCAAGGCCCAACACAUGACAUUCCGCGGUAUCUUAUCGUAGGCCUUCUCCAAGUUAAUGAACAUUAGAUGCAGGUCCUUCUUUUCCUCCCUGUAUCUCGCCUAAGUUGCCGUAUCAAGAAAAUGACUUCCAUGGUCGAUCUACCAGGCAUGAAAUAAACUGAAAUUUUGUCCCGCCUGUCAUUCCUCUUAAGCGAUGCUCAAUAACUCUCCCAUAGCUUCAGUGUAUUGCUCACCAGCUUAAUUCCACAGUUGUUAGUAUAACU